AUGGGAGAUGGCCUCAAGAUUACUCGUGGAGUCCUCCUAAACCAUUUCCUUCAUAAGCUUCAUUUGUUCCUUUCUAUGCGAAAUCAUUCCGCUAAUAUAGUGCGUUUUUUGACGCAGCCGAAUGAUACUGUAAUUGAAAACAGUGUGUACCGACAGCUACUGCAAAUCGAUCCACGGCAACUCUUAUCAGCUGCUUCGUUGUUGUUGAUUUUUGUUGUUCUUAUGUCUCAAUACAGCUUCUUGGCUGUACCCCUCAAGUCCACAAGUGAUGUGGAUUUGGUGAAACCACUCACAACAUAUAUCGAUACCGUCUUUAACACCUCAGAUGACAACAGAGCAGAAGUUGUUGAAGCUGUGCAAGAGUUGAAUAAGCUGAGGUCAAAGGCUUGUUGUCAACCACUGGAUAAGCAUCAAUCUGCUCUCGACAUAGUUCUUAGAUAUUAUGAUCAACUGGUUGCAAUCGAAAAUAAGAUCAUUAUCUCGGCUACCCAGAAUCCUGUCAUUUUCAAGUGGAAAGAUGCGUUUGACAAAGGCAGCCUCUUCUUCAGCAAGGCUUCACUUUCGAUAUCUGAUGGCUCAUUUGAAAGAGCAGCUGUGCUGUUUAACUGUGGUGCUUUGAUGUCGAAUAUAGCAGCUUCACAACCACUUCUUACUGAUGAGGAGAUGAAAACUGCAGCCAAGUUGUUCCAGCAAAGCGCUGGUGUCUUCGCACGCCUUAGAGACACCGUACUUGGGAUGGUACAUCAAGAUCCAACACCAGAUCUUCUACCUGAUACGUUAGCAGCUCUUAGUGCAAUUAUGUUAGCUCAAGCUCAGGAAGCAAUUUACAUAAAAGCUUACAAAGACAAAAUGAAACCCUCCGCACUUGUCAAGAUAUCUGCUCAAGUUGGUGAGUUCUACCAAGACGCACAAAAGGCCAUGAGCAGAGAUGCCGUGAAGGGCCUGUGGGAGAAAGAGUGGUCACACAUCGUAUCUGGAAAAGCUUUAGGAUUUCAAGCUAUCGCGCAAAUGCAUCAGGCUGACAUUAAUGCCGAAAAUCGCGAAAUGGGCGAGCAGUUGAGCAGACUUGGAGAAGCUGUGAGACUGUCCGAAAUGGCAGCUAAGUACCUUCCUCCAGGAUCUCUUGCCGAACAGUUCAAUGCGCUUAGCAAAUCGUAUACUGCAGCCAAAAAAGACAACGAUUUCAUCUAUCAUGAACGCAUAGCGGAUUUCCGCUCACUGCCACCUCUACCAAAGGCUGCUCUUGCAAAAGCUUUGCCAGUCACCUAUCCAAUGUCUCCCAGGUUCAAAGAUAUGUUUGCGAGCGUGGUGCCAGUCCAGGUUCACAAUGCCAUGCAGAGCUAUGAGAGCCGCAAAGCUGAACUGGUCAACAUUGAGACAGGAAGACUUCGAGAACAUACUCAGCUUAUGAACGGAAUCCUAGCCUCAUUGAAUUUACCUGCUGCUUUGGAUGAUGCAACCUCGAUGGACACACUUCCAGAAUCUAUCAAGCAGAAGUCAGCAAAGGUCAAACAAUCUGGUGGACUGAAUGAACUCACUCGUUUGUUUAGUGAAUUGCCUACCCUAUACAAACGAAACGAAGAAAUUUUGGAAGAGACAAAUCGGAUGCUUAACGAAGAGAAGGAGAGUGAUGAUAACCUAAGACGCCAGUUCGGAACGAAAUGGACGAGAAUGAGCAGCGAACAGUUGACAGGCCCUCUUGUUCAGGAGAUUGGUAAAUACCGUGGGAUUCUUCAUACUGCGUCGAACGCCGAUAAAAUGGUGAAGGAUAAGUUUGAAGCAAACAAACCGGCCAUAGAAAUGCUGAGCAAAAACGAGGUGGAACUACGAAGUUCUAUUCCGAGUCAGAGCCAGCAUGCUACGGAAGGUACCACUGAAGCUGUCGAGAAACUGAAGGCAUUGAUGAACCAAGUACAGGAGCUCAAAGUUCAACGGGAAAAGCUAGAGAAGGAAUUCAAAGACGUACGCUCUGACAUCGCUAAUGAUCUCCUGAAGGCCUUAGCUGAAAGUCAAAUUCUUAACGAAGAGCAGAUCUCAAAGGAGAAAAUUCAACAGAUCUACGGGCCUUUAAAAGAGAAAGUUGAGGCUAGUAUCAAACAACAGGAACACAUGAUGGCGGAGGUUCAGACCUGGAAUACGCGUUUCACUGGCGACAGAUCUGGUUCUGGAACGGGCGUCGAAAGGGAGCGCGUGCUCAAGAUGCUUGCUGCCGGACAUGACGCAUUCCUUGAGCUGAAAGGAAACUUGGAAGAAGGAACAAAGUUUUACAACGAUCUGACUCCAAUAUUAGUACGUCUGCAGCAAAAAGUCAGCGAUUUUGUAUUUGCUCGCCAAACUGAGAAGGAAGAUCUCAUGCGUCAAAUGCAACAAAAUAUCGUGUCGGGAGGAGGAUCAGGUGGAAAUGCCACCCCAGCUACCCCAGCUGCACCUCCUCCUCGCCCACCGCCACCUCGUACUCAAGUAGAGGCACCAGUGCCACCACCGAGAACGCAACAGAGUUUGCAAGCUCCGGGAACGCCUACAUCGGCUCCUGGAAUGACACCAACGCCUUCACAACAAAUGAUGCAUCCGGGCUAUUUCCAGCAGCCAGUGCCGUAUGGUCAGCCACAGCCAAACCUGUUCUAUCAGCCGCAGUACAAUCCAAACUUUGCGAAUCCCUAUCCAACGUUCCCGGGAGCUUUUCCAAAUUAUCAGCAAGUUUAUGGUCAAUUUCCACCUUCGCCACAACCGCAGAAUCCUUUCGCUUCGGGAUACAACACUCCACAACCUCAGCAGCAUCAGUAAGCAACCCUUUUGUCUCAUGUACAUGCCAUGCCAUCUUCUUUGGUAAUGUUCUUCAUUUUUCUAAUUGACAGUUUGAUGAAGUUUUUUGAUAAUAGUUUUGGAAAUACAUACAUUCCUCCGUUUGUUUCAUUUUUUUCAUGCUUCGUCAUAGCAGUGUGCAGUUCUGUUCGUUUCACUAUGCCGGUUUUAUUGAGGCCAGGUUACUUGUCUGCUCGAACCAUCAAAAUUGUAAAAAAAGACUGAGAGUAACUGCCUUUUGUGGACAGCUCUUUUGACUUCUUUGUAAACAAAUGUCAUUCGAAUCUUCUGUUUUAUUCUUUCUUACAACGUUGCUACUUUGUGAUACUCUUUUUUCUAAAUGAUUGCUUGUAGAAUGUCCGGUUACACGUGAGAUAAUAACGAAUGGACAAAGCACUAUCUUAUAUAGUUUGUACGCAAUAAAUGCUCUCAUUAUAA